AUGUCGCCGCCAGUGCUCGCCAUCGCUCGACCACUGGCGCCCCAGCCUUCGAGGGUGCCCGAUGUCUCUGGUCUGCAGCCUCUGCAAAGCAAUCACCCUCUCAAGUCGACCAGAUCACGGCGUGGCACCAUCAACGCCGCUUGCCGCGAAUGUCGCUUGAGAAAAUUGAAGUGCGACGGCAUGCGCCCGAGCUGUCAACGCUGCAUCUCAAAGGGUAUUGACUCUUGCGAAUAUCCUGUAAAUCCCGGCGAGACUCGCUUCACUGCCCUCAAGAGGAAAAACGCUUCUCUUGUAACAGAGUCGGAUCGCAUGCAAAAGUUCAUCGACGCUCUGCGCUCCGCCUCUGCCUCUCAAGCCCAGGACAUGCUCCGUCAUCUCCGCACUUCGGAUGAUGGUCUUGCUGCUGCUGAUCACUUGCUUUCUACCCUGAUUUUGCCCGGGUCUGAUGGCCCUACUCACUCGCUACAUCACCGAAAUUCUACCUCGUCCAUCUCAUCCGGCCCAUCGCCUCCCUCCAAUUCCGACACAGCCCAGACGCCGCAUACUUCACGUUCUCGGAGUACAAACACUAAUCAUAAAUCUCUUCCCUCCUUCACCCUGGACGACGAUACUUCUUUGGUCGAGACGCCCUACCAACCAUUUUCUGACUUUGACCGACCUCUGCCAAGUACCGAUGCUCUUCACAGAUGUAUCGAUGCUUUCUACAAUGAGUCCGGCAAGCUGUUCCAUGUCUUUUCACGCGGCCACACUGAGGCACAAUUUCACAUCCUAGCAGGUCAGGCUGAUAAGCAAGCACUGCGCUUGGCUGCUUGCGAACUCUGUGCCGUAGCAGCUCUCGGUUCUCAAUACAUCAAGGAAUCCCUUCCAGAAGGAACUGAACAGAACUUGUACGGUGUCGCGAAGCAUCUCUUGGAAGAUGUCGUCACUGUCGAUACCACCCGAGCGGCAAAGGUCUGUGUCAUGCUUGGUAUGUUCAAUAUCAUGAACAAGCAAAAGGUUGCUAUGACGUUCGUGGAAAUGGGGCUGAGUCUUCUAUCACGUCCUCCAAUCACACAGGUUUGUCCAUCUAAUAUGGAGCGCAGUCAGUGGAUGGAACGACGAAAAGUAUGGAGAGUUCUGAUAUUUCUCGAAACCUGGUUGUCCUCGACGCUCGGCUACGUCUCGGGACUGAAGCUACCAAAAGACAGCAUGGACCUUAGGAACUUAGAGACAGGAGGCGAAGUCAAUCUCGAGGAGAAGGUCACGACCGAAAUGAUCAAGAUCGCCGUCAUAAAGUUCGACAUGCUACGGCUUAGUCUGCAAUUCAAAGACCUGAGCGCCCUUACGGUCGAGACCAUCACCCACGAGUUACAAUACUGGCAUAAAAAUCUACCGCCCGAGAUGCGCCUACCCGAACUAGACAACAACCCUGAUAUAUCUUUCGAGCUACGGAGGACCAUUUACUACGUCAACUUUCUCUACUUCGGAGCGCAGAUCAUGCUUCUGCGACGGGUUCUCCAGAGUAUGCAUGAGCAAAGCAACUUGCUUGUCGGAGACGAAACCGUAGUCAACGACUUGAUAGUCCAGGCAAACUUUGCUGCUAGAGAAUCUGCCAGAUUAUUUAGACGCAUUUACGCUGAAGGUGGCAUCGUUAAAAGAUGUUGGAUCUGCAUAUUCCAAGCUUAUUCUAGCUGUGUACUAAUACUCCAUCAUGUGGCGGAGAUGCUCUACGAGCAGCAUACGGGAGGUCGAUCGGUAGGCAAGCUAGAGGACGAGCUACAUCUUGCACUUGGCUGCCUCGACUUCCUGAGCGUCUGUGGCGAGAAGGAUGUAGCUGCUGGUCAGUUUCAUUCGACUUUGAGCCGUUUCUAUGCUACACUAUAUUCAACAGCGACCGGACAACUCGACUUUGGUCAGGAUGUGAUCAAGACGGCUCGCGACCUCAACGAACUGGUCAGAAGGCCAUUCAAGAGCUCUGACCAGUUCAGUCCGGGUUGCUGCUUUCUCUGGCAGGGGCAGGAACAACAUCAACGAGAGACUGACGAUCUCAGCAUUCGAGAUGUCUCUAAUGGUCCUGAAGAGUCGCUACGCGGCAGCUGGCAACGGAUUGACGGCAUCAGGAACGAUGGAAUGAUCCACAACUUGUUGAGUUCCAUGCGACCCGGCCAUUUUUUGACUGGAUUCGAGUCGAGUGCUUGGAAUGAUAGCGCUCAAGUAAUGUGA